CUUGAUAUAACGAAGAAAGGAAAUGGCGGUACAGAUAAACAUUGAUAAUUUUGACAAAGUUUCGAAAGCUUCCUGUCAUCUUAUGCCAUGUGAAAUUCAUUGCAAUGCAGAGGCGAAUGUUUCUAAAUAUUUUGAGUCAACAAUUAGAACGGAAGCCGAAGGGUUGACAGCCUCUAUGCAUGGUCGUCCUUUAAAUGGGGAAAAAGUGACAGUACCAGAAGGCUACACAGGUAUGGUAGUUGGUGAAUUAAGAAAACCUGCCACAGAAGAUGAAGACAGACAGUUUGACAUCAGAUCAAAAAUGACAGAAUUUACCUACUGGAAUCUUGAUAAAGGAACCUCCAAAGAGGAUAAACUUUCUCAAGCUUUACAAUGGAUUGAUAUAGCAAAUAUUAUUCACAGUCCGAUUAGUGAGGAAUUGAGUCAAAAAAGUGUGACAGGAAAGUAAUGGAAUUUGUAUACCGGAAUCUUAUAAAAGGCAGCCCUUAAAGGGAUUCAGUGGUGGCUUCAGGAACUUUUUAUCUGUGUCUGUUAGAGCAUCUCUUUGCACCAUUCUGACUUUGACUCAAGUGUCUGUAUCUCUUAAAUUCUCCUAAAAAAAUUACAAGAUUUUGACGUCACUAUCGCAAAUGCUCUUCAAACCAAGGAACCACUUUGAAGAAAAAUCAGAAUGGUGCUUACGGAAGCUUUACCUGUGUCACUGAUACACAUAAACCAUAUUUUGAAUUCCUGAAAAGUUGAAGUUGGAACUGAACAGUAAGGCAUGAAUAGGGCCAGUAUUUAAGAAAUCAGUUACAGACAAGAACAGAAAAGUCUGAUUUUAUUGCAUAGUGAAAAAUAAUAAUGUACAAAAUGUGAAAUUAAAACUUUUAAAAACAAAAUAAGUUGCUUUCUUUUUUACCGGUAGUUACAAUGUACAUGUCCAUAAAAUAAUUAUGCAAUAGUUUUCCAUUUUUUCCACUUCUUUUGUUUUUCAAAAAUACUACAUUUGUGGUACAGAAGAUUAGCAAAUUCAUAUUGAAGCAAAGAUUUAAUACACAUCUGAAGAAGUUGGCUUGAGUUCGUGUAGUUUAUGUACUAGUUUCUAUAUGUUUGAACAUACCAUAACUACGUGAAAUACUCUUGAUAAUGGUUUGAAUCACCAUAAAUAACUUUGAUCAUGUUAAACAAAAUUUGGCUUGUGGUUUGUGAUGGUUCAUUCAUGACAUUAUAAUAUACAUAUAUAGCACUAUAUUGGUAUUUAAGCAAUAAAUUAUAACAAGACCAUGCUUAUUUUUAAGCCUGAUAAUAGCUUAAUUUAGUUAGUCUAUGAGAGUAAACCAAGCUCCUGGUUUGCCAUUCAGAUGAUUUUGAAAGUGGACCGUUUAUCUGCGUAUGUUUGACUUUGAAAUAACUAUAUCAUAGUCUUAAAUCCAUAGUUAGGUUUCAGAGGCUAAGCUAGAGAUAUUAAAGUUCAGAUUAGUUUGGAAGCUGAUUUUACUAUUAUACGUAAAACAAACAAGACUGGACUAAAUUUUGAGCCUAGUUUUGCGAACUAGAUUUUU